GGCUGUCAAGGAACUGUACUAUGAGAACCAACUACGCUGGCGAGAUCCUCGAGAAUGGCGAGACAAGCUGCCGCGCUAGUAUCUCACAUGAAUCGUCUCAAGGCGACAGGCUGCACAGAGCACAUCGUCAGGCACAAAGGGCACCGCCUCAUUUUCCACCAACAAAGGUCCCGCAUCUAUCUUGACUUUUGCGAUUACGGGGAUCUAUGGAGCUUGUUAGAGAAGUAUCCACUCGAGGAUGGCGAAGCAAACAAAUCAAAAAAAAUGAAAAUAAAGACACGAUCACAGAAGGGAAAAAAGCCUGUUGAAACGGAGCUGCCAGAAAGAUGGAUUUGGCACUGCUUCUAUGCGAUCGUGGAUGCUUGCCUAGUAAUGAGAGACGGCGUUAAGGAGCCUAAGAAGGAGGGCUGGCGAGAGAUUAUACAUUGUGACUUGAAGCCACAAAAUAUCCUUCUCAUCCCGCCUCGUGAAGAAGGAACGGCAAUUGGAAACGGAAAAGGAAAGGCAAAGGCUGUUGAGGAGAAUAGUGAGAUGCCACUAAUCAAACGGCCGAACUGGCCGACGGCUGUGGUUACCGACUUUGGAGUUGCGUUCGAUGAUGGCCCAGAAAACCCUCGGGAAUACCUCGAGGGCGGUACUUUCCAUCUGAGACCCCCUGAACAUCGCCGCGAAUAUUGGAACAAGAAAGAGUAUCGCGAAAAACGUAUGGAUUCAAAAGCCAACGUUUGGGGAAUGGGAGCUAUCAUUUGGUGUUUAAUCACGAAUUCUUCCUUUUCUGGCCCUAUCGAGGAGUCUGAGGGAAUACCAGAAGAUACCAGUGAUAGACAGGACAUGACGAGAUGGCUUGACCACAACGAGCACUAUAUUUGGGGCACAGAGUAUAAUCUUUCAGAAGAGGAUUACGAAACGGCUCAAAUCCUGCUAGACAGCGGCUUUCCAAUGGCUUCAAGAUAUUCCAAAGAACUGAGGGAACUAGUACGGCGAUGCCUGCGGUUCCGAGCAGAGGACAGACCUACUCUGGAUGAUCUGAUGGCCGCGAUCGUUCCCAAUGUACCGCACGGUGAUGAUCCCCCGGACUUAUUAUUCGGCGAACAAACGUACAGACCGGGCACUAGAUUAAUUGUUCAGGCAGCUGGAGCACCCGAGGUUAUCAGAAGACUCUAGAUAAAACCAUUAGGGCCUACCCACUAAAAGCCGC